AUGGGUAUAUGCAAAGCAAGGGGAUCAGAUAAUAACUCGUAUACGAAAUGCACCGACAGUGACAUUUCCAAACUGUGUAGCGUCAAAGAAGCUGACAAAUGUAACAGAAAUAGCCUAAAUAAUGGAAAGAGUGGAGAAUUUGAACCAUAUGAUGCAUUCUAUGCCGCACUUUUCUCUGCAGUUGCUUCCGCAGAUUAUCCCGCGGGCUGUGCAAAUAAGAUUCUUUCAGGCUUCCUUGAUGUUGUCGAGGUGAUAGAGCGGAGAUGUAAUUAUCUCUUUAAAUAUAAAGAGUGUUUUGCAUUUACUGCAGAAUCACAUAGAUUGAAAAAGAUCAUUCUUGCUUACCGAGGAACAGCAAGUCCGCUACAACUUGUUGAUGAAAUUGUUACAACUGCUUUAUUUAAAGUACCUGCUAAAGGUGGUGGAAAUGUUCAGGCGUACUUCAAGAACGCAAACGAUCGAAUUUAUCCAUGCGCUAAGGCAAGUAUAAAAGACUUAGUUAAGAAGUACCCACAUUACCGAGUAGUCGUGACUGGACAUUCUUUAGGUGGUGCUAUUGCAUCUGUUGCAUCAGCGCAGCUAUCAUUUGAUAACGUAAUUGACAAGGAUAAAACAACGCUUUACACUUUUGGAAUGCCGAGAGCUUGA